GAUCGGUUACUAGUCAAAUUUUCAUACUUAUUAUGAAUUUCAUCCGCCUCAUGCACUUCUCCUGAUAUGCUUCUAAAAUAUUGGUUCGGACACAGGGUGUCUUCAGAAGUUUCAGUAUCUGAUGAUGAGGAGGAUAAGCAGGAUUGCAGUUCAUAUGAUGAUAGUUUCAUAGAUGAUAAGAUAAAUCCAACAGCGGCAGAUAGUCAAGCCGAGGCUGGUGAAGUUGACAUGAUAGCAAUUUACAGGCGUUCAUUGCUCACUCAGUCACCGAUUCCCAACCUUUCAAAUGAUUAUACUCCUGAUUCUGAGGUUCCAACUAGCAGAGCAGAUGAAAGCAAGAGCUCAUCUGGAACAGCAAAUCAUCACACACCUCAAACUGACCCAAAGUCAAUAACGAAAUAUCCCUCAAACUUUCAGCAAAGUAUUAAUAGAAUCGCACCAGAAGCCAUACCAUGCUCAACCACUUGCUCUUUGAGAGAAAACGAUAGCAAGUUAGAGAGCCGGAAAAGAAAGUUGAGCUAUUAUCAGGCAACUUCACUGCCAGUUGUCAAUUUACACGAUGAGUUCUCUCUUCAUUCUAAAGCUGUUGGUGUAAACUCACAUCUUUUGGAAGAAGCAGCAAACAAUGAAGUUGGUGAUCCAUUUGAUGAUGACCAGUUCUUUCAAAGUAUCGAUCUUGAUGCAAUGGAAGCAGAGGCUGCUAGAAUGCUCAGAAAUAAAUCACAGUCCUUGGUUCAGAAUACAGUGAAUUCAAUACCUAUUACACAAAAUCCUGAUGGCGGAAACUCUCCUUCAUUUGAUCUAGGAAUUUAGUUUUUCUGUCUCGAUUGUUAAGUUGGUGUUACAGCUCGUAUUUAUUAUCCGCAUCGUUUAAUGGUUACAGGAAAGUCAAUCGUGACGCAAAUGAGGCGUAUGUAAAUGCAAGGAAUAUGGAAACAUUUUGCUGUAUGUAAUUUCAAAGAUAUUGUUUCCCUAGUCCACGUAAAGUGCUUUGGCUGUGUGAAGCAUAUGUGCAUGGUUGAAUACUUGCCUGUGAUUUCUCAAGCAGAUGUUUUGUUUC